UUUGUGUAUUUUUUUGAUAAAUAUGUCAAAAUUUAUCAGCUUCACACAUUGGUUAAUCAUAUUAUCGAUACUCGUUAGUGAAGAAUUGGUCAAAGGGAGAACGAUUCCAAACUCGAUAAACAACGAAAUAAUCAAAUCUAUUAAGGUUGAAAAUGAUGAGAUCAUCGAUUGUUACGAUAUCUACAGACAACCUAGUCUUAAUCAUCCAUUGCUUCGUAAUCAUACAAUACAGAUGAAACCAAAUUUAUACCCGAAAGGAACGAAAUCUGGUAAUUUGGGAACACUUCGACUCACACAAACUUGGCAUUAUUAUGGAUCAUGCCCGAAAGGAACUAUCCCCUUACGGAGAAAAGGGAAAAAUCAUAAUCCAACACAUUCACGUAAUGCAUCACAAAGAAGCAAUUUCGAAGAAAUUCACGAGUACGCGACAGUUGAGGCACGAGGCAAUUUUCUAGGAGCACAAGCAAAAAUAAAUCUUUGGAAACCGGCUGUUGAAAUGCAAGCUGAAUUAAGUGUAUCCCAAAUCUGGGUUACAGCUGGUGAUGGAAAAGAAACUAUUGAAACCGGAUGGGUAGUUGAUCCACUUGUGUAUGGUGAUUAUGAGACCAGGUUCGUCGUAUUUUGGACGGCGGAUGGAUACAAUAAAUUAUUUUGUUUUAACGACGAAUGUGAUGCUUUUGUACACACAUCAUCAAGUAUCGGCCUUGGAUGCAGUUUCACCGAGUUGUCAACUUUAAAUGGAGACCAAAAGGAUGCCACCUUCAGUAUUCACAAGGAUCAAAGUAGUGGACAUUGGUGGGUACAAUUACAAGGUGAACCGGUCGGUUAUUAUCCAAGUUCUCUCUUCACUGAAUUAUCAAAGAAAGCAACAGCAGUACAAUGGGGUGGAGAAAUUGUUAAUACCAAAAGUAAAGGUCGGCAUACUACGACCCAAAUGGGUAGCGGUCAUUUCCCUUCAGAAGGUGGUCUGAAAACAUCGAGUUAUUUCAACUGGGUUCAAAUAGUUGAUGAAAAUAACAUGAGCGUGGACCCUAAAUAUUUUGAAGUAUAUUCUACAAAUCCAGAAUGUUACGAUUUGAAGAUUGACGACAACCAUCAUGAUACAAAUGGUUUCGGUUUUUAUUACGGAGGUCCCGGCUAUAAUGAUAAAUGUCAAUGAUUUUCUACACGGUCUAAAAAAUAUUUUCUUCUUAUUUUGAAUAAUUUCAAACAUCUAUCUAUAGGCUUUCCCGUUUUUAGUUAAUAUUGAGGUUUCUCUGUCAAAAUUAUAAUUUAUUAGAUUUCAUGUUAUUUAUAAUUGGGGUUCUUAAUUAAGAAAAUAUAUG